AUGACAGAACCAACCAGCUUUUCUUCAGGUGCAGAACAAAUGCAAGAAGAAGAGAGUGUUGCCAUACACCUGAUGAAGCAUGAAAAGGAAGCUGAUGUUCCUUCUAAUGAUCUUGGUUCAGCAAAUGCUGCUGCCGACCAGAAAGAGCAAUCUGUGUUCAAAGUAAGGAGAGACUAUGUAGUCAGAAGUACUGGGAGCUGUGAGAAGACAGAUAUGAUUAAAUCCCUUGUGACAGAUCAGGAUGCAGCUAGAAACUAUGAACUGUAUCUACCUUCAUCUAGUAUUUAUUCAGCAGUGGAGUCAUCGGAGGACAGUGAGGAGGACAUGUAUCGUGAUGCAGAAGAAAUAGAGAGAGAAAAAUUAUUACUUUAUGAGACAAGCUCUUCAGAAGGUAAACUAAGCGUUGCACCUGAAAUGGACAUCCUGGAGUAUUGCAGGAGAGAAUGGAGAGGAAAUACACCAGUAGCAAAAAGGAUGAGAAAGGGAUAUGAAGCAGUUGCUCAGAAGUUUGCAUCUAUAAGGAGAAUACGAGGUGACAACUAUUGUGCUCUUAGAGCAACACUUUUCCAGGCACUAAGCCAAGCCACCCAGUUACCAAGCUGGCUGCAGAGUGAGGAUUUUACUAUGCUUCCCGAAAACUUGCUGAGCAAGUAUGACUGGAUGAAGCAGUGGCAGCUAAAACAUACACUCAGCAGGCAGAUGGGAGAAAUAAGUGAUGAAAUUAAAGAGUACUUAAUACUUCUAAGGGAAAAGUGGAAGAAUAUAAGUGAAAUCAAGAGUCCUACUGAGAAACAAGAAGCUUGUGAUAGAUUGUUUAGAAAUGAAGAGGAGGAGUAUAGUCUCUAUGAAGCGCUGAAGUUUUUGAUGUUGAACACUGCCAUUGAAUUAUACAACGAUGGUAAAGAUGGAAGGAGAGUUCCUGUCUUCUCGUGGUUACUGUUUGCACGCGACACCUCUGGCAAUCCUUGUCAGUUAAUGCGGAAUCACUUGAAUCAUAUUGGCCACAGUGGAGGCCUUGAACAGGUGGAGAUGUUUCUCCUUGCUUAUGCCCUGCAGUAUACCAUCCAAGUGUAUCGACUGUACAAAUACAGUACUGGUGAGUUCAUCACACAUUACCCCAACGACCCGGAGGAGGGCUGGCCCGUGGUGACUCUCAUAACUGAAGAUGACAGACAUUAUAAUAUUCCAGUCAGAAUGUGCCAAGAGACUACGCUGUAAAUGAGUGAUUUUUAGCAGACAAACCUGUGCUACUUACUGAGGUUCCUAGUGCCAUUUUGAAAGAGGACAAUGAUGAAAUCUGCGUUAUUAAAUCUACAGCAGCUUAAAUCU